GCGUGACGUACGAUAAUUUCAAACACGCCGCGAAAAGUAAGAAGGGGAGCAGAAACCAACCCAAGCGUGAGUCCGCCUUCUUUUGGACCUGCUACGGAACUGGUUCUGGUUCUUUAGGCUGCAUGCACACACCGGGCCAGCGUGGGUCGACCGGAAACGGGCUGGUUGUUCUCUUAAAUGCGUUCACACGUAAGCGGCUGACCUCCUGAUAAACAUCUGAAAGUGCUGCUCUGACCUCCAUAGCUGUUGAAGCCUCAGGAAAAUGUCGGGCCUUGAAGACAUCAGUCGACACUUUCAUGAAAAAAUCUGGAGCUUGCAGCAGAUGCUGGAUCUGUGGGUUGUAGAAUUGCCUCAAAUUAAGAUGAAGAAGUUUGGACAAGAACUCUGUGGACUGGAGCGGCUCCUGGAAGAGUUCGAAAAAUGUGUUGAUGAGCAGAAGCAGCAGCUGCAGAAGCUGAAGGAGAUGCAGGCCGUCUACCAGCAGGCUCUGCAGGACGUGCAGCACAUGAAGGACCACAUGCCUCCUCACAUUCCCAGGAUGAAGAGCGCGCUCAGUGGAAAGGAGGCUGGAAUGAAGCCGAAGGAAGGUGUGGACAUUCAGCCGGCACCUGCAGGAAACCCCAAAAAGACCAGCAGGAACUUCACCAAGGAGAUGAGCUUCAUCACCACUCUGGAGUUUGAGAGCAUCCCUCAGUACAUGAGAGGCCGCGUGUCAUACGAGCAGCUGAAUGCGGCGGUGAGCAGCAUGAACGCCGCUGCAACCGCCAAGUACAAGAUCCUCCACCAGCCUGUGAAAGGACUGAGCAACCACGCUCGCAAGCUGCACCAGCGCUUCAAGGACCAGGAGAACAAAGAGACCAAAGGUCAGUUCUUUGUGGUGGAGGAGGACAUUCGCGAGUUUACCCAGAUGAAGGUGGACAAACGCUUCCAGGGGAUCUUGAACAUGCUGCGGCACUGCCAGCGCCUUCGCGAGCUCAGGGGAGGGGGCCUGACCCGGUACCUGUUUCUGUGAGGCAACCUCCGAGGGGGCUGGCUUCUUUGUUCUGUUUUGCUCGUCAUGUUUAGCGUUGCAUCUUUCAUAGACUGUUUGUCAGUGCUCUGCAUAGCUUUGAAUGCCUGUGAAUUCUUUAAUCUUAAUUCUUCGACUUGAAGCAUUUUGUUUCUGUAUUGAUGAUUUGUUUGUUUUUGUCUACGCUUGUUCUGUACAUAUUUAAACUGAAGUAAACCUUUCAUUUUCACAAACAUU